AUUCGAAAUUAUUUGAUAGCAAACGUCAACAACAAUUUAAACGUCAAUUUGUUUGUGUGUGAAAAUGGCGUCAAAGGAAUCUCUCGAUCAUGGCCGCACCGACUCCUACCGCGUCGCCACCAUCGGCCCACUAAAGGAUGAUAAUAGAACCGCUGACGGACAGUACAAGACACGCCGGAAACCACCUGCGAAAAAACGGAAACCUGGAGAUUUAGAUGACCUGAAACAGGAAUUAGAUAUCGAUUUCCACAAAGUUACCCCCGAAGAACUUUACCAAAGAUUUCAGACACACCCCGAAAAUGGACUUAGUCAUGCAAAAGCGAAAGAAAACCUUGAACGAGACGGUCCAAACUCACUCACACCCCCAAAACAAACGCCCGAAUGGGUGAAGUUUUGUAAAAAUCUCUUCGGCGGCUUCGCGUUAUUACUAUGGAUUGGUGCUAUUCUAUGCUUUAUUGCCUACGGAAUCCAGGCGAGUACGGUCGAGGAGCCAGCGGACGACAACUUAUACCUCGGUAUUGUAUUAGCGGCCGUGGUGAUCGUGACCGGCAUCUUCUCGUACUACCAGGAAAGCAAGUCCUCCAAAAUCAUGGAAUCCUUCAAGAACAUGGUACCUCAGUUCGCCACCGUCAUCCGCGAAGGAGAAAAGUUAACAUUGCGCGCUGAGGACCUCGUACUUGGCGAUAUUGUUGAGGUGAAAUUCGGCGACCGGAUCCCAGCUGACAUCCGUAUCAUCGAGGCCCGCGGCUUCAAGGUGGAUAACUCGAGUUUGACCGGCGAAUCCGAACCUCAGUCCCGCGGACACGAAUUCACCAACGAGAACCCCCUGGAAACCAAGAACCUCGCAUUUUUCUCCACCAACGCCGUUGAGGGCACCGCGAAAGGAGUGGUCAUCUGCUGCGGUGAUAACACGGUAAUGGGACGUAUCGCGGGGCUGGCGUCGGGGCUGGACACGGGCGAGACACCCAUCGCGAAGGAGAUCCACCACUUCAUCCACCUUAUCACGGGCGUGGCCGUGUUCCUCGGCGUCACCUUCUUCGUCAUCGCUUUCAUCCUCGGCUACCAUUGGCUUGACGCUGUCAUUUUCCUCAUUGGUAUCAUCGUAGCUAACGUGCCAGAAGGUCUGCUCGCGACUGUAACUGUAUGUCUGACUCUCACUGCCAAACGCAUGGCCUCCAAGAACUGCCUUGUAAAGAACUUGGAAGCCGUGGAAACCCUCGGAUCUACGUCUACCAUCUGCUCGGAUAAGACUGGAACUUUAACCCAGAAUAGGAUGACUGUUGCUCACAUGUGGUUCGACAACCAGAUCAUUGAGGCUGAUACCACUGAGGACCAGUCUGGAGUACAAUAUGACCGCACUAGCCCUGGAUUCAAAGCGCUUGCCAAAAUCGCCACCCUCUGUAACCGCGCCGAAUUCAAAGGAGGCCAAGACGGUGUACCGAUCCUGAAGAAGGAAGUAGCCGGUGACGCUUCCGAAGCAGCUUUACUCAAGUGCAUGGAAUUGGCGCUCGGAGACGUCUUAUCUAUUAGGAAAAGGAAUAAGAAAGUGUGCGAAAUCCCCUUCAACUCGACGAAUAAGUACCAAGUAUCCAUCCACGAAAGCGACGAUAGCAGUGAUCCUAGACAUUUGCUCGUGAUGAAGGGAGCGCCUGAGAGGAUUUUGGAACGGUGCAGCACUAUCUUUAUUGGUGGAAAGGAGAAGGUUUUGGACGAAGAAAUGAAGGAGGCGUUCAACAACGCGUACCUAGAACUCGGCGGUCUCGGCGAGCGUGUCCUCGGCUUCUGCGAUCUACAACUACCCUCGGACAAGUACCCCAUCGGCUUCAAGUUCAACACGGACGAUAUCAACUUCCCCGUCGAAAACCUUCGCUUUGUCGGCCUCAUGAGUAUGAUUGACCCUCCGCGAGCCGCCGUGCCUGAUGCCGUCGCUAAGUGCCGAUCUGCUGGUAUUAAGGUUAUCAUGGUAACAGGAGACCACCCCAUCACUGCCAAGGCUAUCGCCAAGUCUGUAGGAAUCAUCUCGGAAGGCAACGAAACGGUCGAGGACAUCGCCGCCCGCCUCAACAUCCCCGUCUCUGAAGUGAACCCGCGCGAAGCCAAGGCCGCCGUCGUGCAUGGAACUGAGCUACGUGAACUUAAUUCGGAUCAACUCGAUGAAAUUCUCAAGUAUCACACGGAAAUCGUCUUCGCGCGCACAUCACCACAACAGAAGCUGAUCAUCGUUGAGGGUUGCCAGCGUCUUGGUGCCAUCGUGGCUGUGACUGGCGACGGUGUGAACGACUCCCCGGCUCUGAAGAAGGCGGACAUCGGUGUUGCCAUGGGCAUCGCUGGCUCUGAUGUGUCCAAACAGGCUGCCGACAUGAUCCUGCUCGACGACAACUUUGCCUCAAUCGUGACUGGCGUGGAAGAAGGCCGACUCAUCUUCGACAACCUUAAGAAGUCCAUCGCAUACACCCUAACCUCGAACAUUCCAGAAAUCUCGCCCUUCCUUGCCUUUAUUCUAUGCGAUAUCCCUCUACCCCUUGGCACUGUUACCAUCCUGUGUAUCGAUCUUGGAACUGACAUGGUACCCGCUAUAUCAUUGGCGUACGAGGCGCCAGAGUCCGAUAUCAUGAAGCGGCAGCCCCGAGACCCUUACCGCGACAACCUCGUCAACAGAAGGUUGAUUUCCAUGGCGUAUGGUCAAAUCGGAAUGAUCCAAGCUGCCGCUGGGUUCUUUGUAUACUUCGUGAUCAUGGCUGAGAACGGAUUCCUGCCCUUGAAACUGUUCGGCAUCCGAAAGCAAUGGGACUCGAAGGCGAUCAACGACUUGCCUGACUCGUAUGGACAGGAAUGGACUUACCGCGACCGCAAGGCUCUCGAAUACACCUGCCACACAGCUUUCUUCGUUUCCAUCGUAGUAGUGCAGUGGGCUGACUUGAUCAUUUGCAAGACCCGUCGUAACUCCAUCGUUCAUCAAGGCAUGCGCAACUGGGCUCUCAACUUCGGUCUGAUCUUCGAGACUGCCCUGGCUGCCUUCCUAUCAUACACUCCCGGCAUGGACAAAGGCCUGCGGAUGUAUCCUCUCAAGUUCGUGUGGUGGCUGCCCGCCAUCCCCUUCAUGCUGUCGAUCUUCAUCUACGACGAGAUCCGGCGCUUCUACCUGCGCCGCAACCCGGGCGGCUGGCUCGAACAAGAGACUUACUACUAGACUGCGCCGCCACGUCCACACCGCCGCGUCGUGCAUCAUUAGUUACGCCGUACAUACGUUCGUUUGUGUUCUCAGUUGACUGAAUCAGCCGCGGCGCCGGCGCGGUCUAUGUGUAAUCGCUGUCGUGUACGCUUCUCACCGCUUGUUACGCGCCGCACGCCGCCCGGGCGCUUCCGCGCCGCUCCGCCCCCGAACCUUAUGUAUAUAUUAUGCUCAGUGAUGGAUGAAUAUGUGACGUUCAAAAUGUUUACACACGAUAUUGUUUGAAAAUUGUGAGUUAUUUUUAUAUCGAAACCUGUUCGGAGACGAAAUUUUGAGUACCUGAAUCGCGAACGCGUCGAAUCAACGGAUCUGGUGGAACGUGAAUCUCAGCGGGCGGUGCGGCGCCGCGCCCGCGCUCGCCGGUCGGCGGCAUCGGUCGACACAUAGAGUUAAUACUGAUAUAAUUGUUUUUCACACCGUAAGCGAUAAGUACAGUGUCUAGCGGUAGAUCGUCGCCGCUCGCGGGCGGCACGAGAAGCAUUUGUUGUAAUUUAACAGUUAAGGAGCUACGAUUAUAAACUUUUAAGUGAUUUAGAUUAAGUUGAAUUUUUCGAGUGAAUAAUGUUCAGUUGACGAUCGAACGGAUGCGUGGUGUGUGAGAGGUCGAUGUGGAGUGCCUGAGGUUUAGUGUACUACUGCUUACUGUUAGGUAGGUAGUUGAAAUUUUGAAACCAUAUUUUCAUUCGUAACGUAGAUAACGAAGCAUACACAGUCGCGAUCGCUUGGAGGGCCGCGGCGGGCGCCGGCGCCGGUCCGGACGCCGGCCGGUCCGGUUGCCGGCCGGUCCGGGCGGACGCCGGACGGCGCCGGGGCCCGCCCGCGACCCGGGCCGGACACUAUGCUUUUCUUUUUCUAAAAUUAACUGAAUUAGUGAUUUUUGUGAAAUUUAUUAAAAUAGUCUGCUCAUGGUAAUUACGUAAGAUUUAAUUUCUUAAUUAAAAGAUAAUAAACAAAACGUAGAAAUGCGUAAUUAGAACUUUUUAAAAUUAUACAGUUAUGAUAGAGUCACCUUGCGUGGGUCGGCGCCCGGCGCCCGGCGCCCGGCCGCAGCGCGCCUCCGCGCCCGGCGGCGGCUCCUCGCAACCGGUAACGAAUACAUAUAACAUAUAAUAAUGGUUAUAAAAGUAAUAAUUAUAUUACAUUAUAGCGACUAUAAAUCUAAAUUAUAUGAAAUGUUUAUAGAUUUAAAGUGAUGUUUGUUUCUUUAGAGUGACCCUCUGUGCUAGCCCGACACGUCGGGAUGUACAUUUCACAGACAAUAGUCGUUGAUUCUGAAUGAUAUAUUGUAACGAUUGGAUCUUUGUGAGCUAUUCGGUUAACGUACACGGUAGAACUAACAUUGUUUUGCGUUCGACAGUUCUUUACACCGUUUCUUUUUUAUAGUAUUACUCUGUUGGCUAGGACGCUGUAAAAAUGUAAGUGUUAAUAAAAAAAACAUUUUCAAAAUAUUA